GUUUUACUUUGUCACUAAACGUUUUAAGUGAAUAGUGCUCUAAAAUAGGUUUCGCAAGUAACAGCGAGUGGAUUUGAGCUUUUAAACAGUAGACUCUUGUGCAUGUAUGUGCGUAAUAUCAUAUUUUAAUCUUCUUUUAAAGCGAAUUCGAAGAUAACUACGACAUAUUUUAUCUAAGACAGUAGACACAAUAUUAUUGAAACACCUGAGUAAUUUUCUUGGUCUGACUAGAGAAAUGGUUGUGCAUGUCAAUGAAAUAAUAUCAGCGAGAAGUAUUAUUUGUUGGAAUGUCUUUGUUUUUUAAACAAAACGUUCCAAGCAUCUGUCCAGCCACACAAUGGUGUUAAUUACCGCAGAUCUCAUUCGAAAACGUGCAGAACACAAUGAUGGGGAGAUAUGCUCCCUUGAAGAAGUGGCUUUACAUCAACAAAAUCUUGAAAGGAUUGAGCUUAUUGAGAACUUGUGUAAAAGCCUUAGAAUAUUAUAUCUACAAAAUAAUCUCAUUCCAAAAAUCGAAAAUCUAUCAAAGUUGAAAAAACUAGAAUAUUUAAAUUUAGCUCUAAAUAAUAUUGAAAAAGUGGAGAACUUAGAAGGUUGCGAAUCCUUGAAAAAGCUAGAUUUGACAGUAAAUUUUAUUGGGGACUUGUUUAGUAUUGAAUCUUUAGGUAAUGUGCAUUUUCUUGAAGAACUUUAUUUAACUGGAAAUCCGUGCACAGAAUAUCCAGGGUAUAGAGAAUUUGUGAUUGCUACGUUACCGCAAUUAAAAUUGCUAGAUGGAGUGGAAAUAACUAAAUCGGAACGCAUUAUCGCAUUGCAAAACUUGGAACGUAUUCGUCCAAUCAUAGAAGAAAAACAAAGAGAGCACGGAUUGAAAAGAAAUUCUGAAAAGGUCGAAGCAGUACGAAGAAAAGAAAGAUUCGCCAAGGCAAACACAGAUUCCAGUUACACAACUAUGGGUUUAGAAGAAUAUUGGUCUGAAAAAGUUCCUUACACACCCGAAUCACGAAUUGAAACACAUGAAUAUAUGCAACAAAAAGAAAAAUCAAGACAAGAAACAAAAAACUCAAGGAUAGAACCGCGAGUAAUCACAAAAUAUUUUGCCGAAGACGGCCGACCAUACAAUAUCAACACAGCUAAGAUAGAGUUCAACCUCAAGGAAGAUAUAUUAGACGAUCACGAUGUUUACAUACUCGAUGUUGCUGUAUAUAAGCAUAUGGAUACAGCUUUGAUAAAAUGCGACAUACAAGUCAAUUACGUUCGAGUAACACUUAAAAGAAAGGUUUUCCAACUAGCUUUACCAGAUGAAGUUAGAGCCGAUGCUUCACAUGUUAAGCGUUCUUUAACGACAGGACAUUUGCUGAUUACUAUGCCAAAGGCAUCUCAGGAAAUCAGAAUAUCGGCAAAUAAUGAACAUAAAAGUUCUCACGAAAAAACCAACAAAACAAAUCAUAUUUUUGUUCAGGAUUUUAAUAAGCCAAACGCUACUUUUAGUGAACUCUCUGAAAACAAUUCAUCAAAAUGUAAGAAAUCGCUUCUUCACAUCAAAAAACAAUCGACGACCCCAAGAAUGUACAACGAAUAUAUUGAAGACUGUUCAGACGUUCCACCGCUUAUUUGAUUCGUGGGAUUUACAAACAAACCGUUUAUAUUUUGGACUGUUAAUUUUGAUUUAUGAAUGUGAACAAACUUAAGUUUGAAUAUUUAUUUAGAAAGACACUGA